UAUAGUAAAGUUAGUGGGCAGUCAGAGGGAAUAAGUUGCUCCUUUUUCAGAGAGUUGUGAGUCCGGACUCUGUUUCUCGUUCACUCUAUUUUGGAAUUUCUUAAGCAAUAAGAGGGACUGCACUUGAAAGUUUUUGUGAGAUUUCAUGCCUGAAAAGAUGUCAGAUUCUGGAGUCAAUCCACACUUGGAGGGGAUUAUUUCAGAUUUCGAAGCUCUGAAGAGGUCCUUUGAGGUGGAGGAUGUCGACACCUCAUCCCACUUGUCCCCCGGCUCCCGUCGCACGACCAACUCCCCUCACCGCAACGCCAUGUCUCCCACCAGCAUCUACAACCGUGACCUGGGCACCGCCACCCCUGGCACAGCCACCACCACCAACGACAACAACCUCAACUUCAACCAACCGCGCUCCAUCAUGGGCGGAGGGGGCUCCAAGACCCCAGAGCCUGUGUCGCGGCGCUCCGAACUCUCCAUCGACAUCUCCUCUUCCUCCAGCAGGCAGGUGGAUAACGUCACCAGCCCCGCUAGCGCGCGCUUUGCAGCCACCAGCACCCUGAAGCGCCCCGAAGUCCUGGGCCACUCCAAGACCCCCGAGAUGAGUCACAAGAGAGAGGUCACUUUUGCCAAGACGGCGACCGAUUCCCCGGUGAUCCGCCGCAAUGAGGGCAACUACAACAACAACGGCACCAGCCGGACCCCUGAGCAGAAUCACGCCCGCAAGUUUGAGCCUCCUAGUACCGGAGAUGUCCGUAAGCCCGAAAUCAGCAUCACCAGAGCUCCCCCAGAAAACAAUGGCCAUCACCUACCAGUGCACCACGCGCACCACCCGAACCCUCACCACAACACCAUCGUUACCACCUUCCGCUGCUCCUCGCCUAGUCAUGGACGUAAAUCUCCCAACCCUGACAGGUCAGAGGUCAGUCUGAGCCACAGCAACAUGUCGGAGUCCACCAAGCCCCACCACCCCAACCCACAGGGCAAGGGGGAGAAGACCCAUGGCAGCGAUUUCAGCUACGUGGGCAUCGACGCCAUCCUGGAGCAGAUGAGGAGGAAGGCCAUGAAGCAGGGCUUCGAGCUCAACGUCAUGGUUGUGGGGCAAAGCGGCCUGGGGAAGUCCACUCUGAUGAACACCCUGUUCAAAUCCAAAGUGAGCCGUAAGUCGGUGCAGCCGAAUCCGGAGGAGAGGAUCCCCAAGACCAUCGAGAUCAAGUCCAUCAGUCACGACAUCGAGGAGAAAGGAGUGAGAAUGAAGCUGACGGUAAUUGACACUCCGGGCUUCGGGGAUCAGAUCAACAAUGAAAACUGCUGGCAGCCCAUCAUGAAGUUCAUCAAUGACCAGUAUGAAGCCUACCUGCAGGAGGAAAUCCACAUCAACAGGAAGAAGAGGAUCCCGGACUCCAGGGUGCACUGCUGCAUAUACUUCAUCCCGCCCACUGGCCACUGUCUGAGGCCUCUGGAUGUGGAGUUCAUGAGGCGUCUGAGUAAGGUGGUCAACAUCGUUCCCGUCAUCGCCAAGGCCGACACACUCACCCUGGAGGAGAGGGACGACUUUAAACAGACGAUUAGGGAAGAGCUGCGAGCCAACGGAAUCGACGUUUACCCCCAGAAAGAGUUCGACGAGGACGCAGACGACAGGAUGAUCAACGAUAAAAUCCGGGAGAUGAUCCCUUUUGCUGUUGUGGGCAGUGACCAGGAGUACCAGGUGAACGGAAAGAGGAUUCUGGGAAGGAAAACAAAAUGGGGAACCAUAGAGGUUGAGAAUAUUGCACACUGUGAGUUUGCUUACCUGCGAGACCUCCUCAUCAGGACGCACAUGCAGAACAUCAAGGACAUCACAGGCAGCAUCCACUACGAGACGUAUCGCGUCCGCCGGUUAAAUGAGUCCAACGGCCACUUCAGCCCUCACCCGUCCGACCAUCCGGCUGCUCAGCCAAAGGCCAACGGUCAGCAUGAGGAGCAGCCCGGCGGCGCCGCGCAGCCCAACGGAGUGGCUGCUCAGCACGAAGCCCGGUCCCACGAGAUGUAGAGUCAAAAGAUAUGUCAGGACACACAGCCAGGCACGAAACAUCUAGUCGCUCAUGUGUUCUGCGUCCAUGAACACACACACACACACACAGACACACAGACAAACACAGGCAGACACACACUGUGAAGCCUAUCCUUUUGUUACCUAGAAGGACUAACUACCGAUCCACAGGAAGUUCCACAACACAAGAUUCAGAGUAAAUUCUUCCAUUUUCCCUCCAAUUUUUAGUUUUCCUUCGUUACAAUUCUGAGAAAAGUCACGUUAUUCCCGCAAAUCCACAUACUGUACAGGACUCUUUUGCCCCUCCCCAUCCAUCCAUCUGACUGCACAACUACAUUCAGAGUUGUUUACAAGAAUACACAAUGACACUUGACAGGUAAACGAGAGUAAAUCUAUAAAUGUUUAAAAGGGUUUAUUUGAGUAAAUUAAAGGUAAAUCGUCAGCAAAACGAUGUACAAGAUUUUAAUCAGAAUCGAUGAGUAUAAUGGGAAAAGAGAAAAAAGGCCUGUUGUGAACAGAAUACCUUUGCAGGUCAUCUUGGGAUGACAGGUUUAGCCAUUCAGGGUUUUCCAGAUGAGGAGCAAUGGCGUUGAAAAUGAAGUACAGCAUAUCGGAUGAUAACACAUUAGCUCUAAACUAGGACGUUACUGUAACUGCUUUGUGUUGUGGUGUAUAGAAACUACGGUUGAGUAGGGAUAUUUAGAUUAGGUUCAUAGUAUCAUGGUGAAAAAAAGAUAUUGUUGACACCUCUGCACUGCAAAAUAAUAAUAAAAAACUAAAGCAGUGGCAGUGUGGAGCAGCUUUCGGAAGAAUUAGUCCCCGUUGUCAUUUCUCCGUUGUGAUGUUUAAAGAAAAUCCUUUUUGCCAAACCAUCCUGUCUCUUUCUAUAUAAUGCCAAUGUUGUGUAUUACAGUCAUACCUUGCAUUUUACAUUUACUAUUGUAUUUUUAUUGAUGUUGUUCAUGUUCUAAUGUUAUUGUAUACGAUGGGGAGUCAUGGAGGAAUCUGUGCAACUGUUGUCCCGCGCAGCCGUUUUGUCCAUUUUAAUCCUGACCAAAUAAAAGUUUAAAAAAAAAAAAUCUGUUCUAAAGAGAAGCACAUACAUUAUAUAGAGUUGAUUUAUGAAUAGAUAUUUAUAAGUGUAAUCAGUUUUAUUCAACUUUCAUUCCAGCCGUUGGCUUCCAGAGGUGUGUUGCAGGUCUCUAACAGUGAUUAUCUUUUAGCUUUAGACUGUUUGUUUUUAGUGGCCUGCGUUCACAUACUAUGCAUACUGUACUACGCUGUACCCGGUUGGCUCGGCUGCACUAUAACAAGCACCAGAGUGCAGAAGGCGUCUAUUUUUGUAUAUUGAUUACAAACCGAUCCUGCCGUUAAAUGUUAGAACAGUGAUAUUUACAGAGCAAGAUCAUGGGGACAUUAUUACCACUGAGAGGAAUAAUUCGUGCCAAAAACCUAAAUAAUGCACAUAAAAUGACGAAAGAGUUCUUGUUAAUAUUUGGGACAAAUAUGCACAUUGAUACAAACUCAUGGGAUAUUUUAUAGAGGCUACAUCUAAAUUUGAAACAACAUAUUUUCUAACAAAAAAUAACCAAGAGUGUGUUUUCUCUCUAAGUCGCAGCAAAAAUAUAUUCCAUACAAAUAUACAGAAGAGAGAAUGCAUCCAAACACCAAGAGAACUGUUGUCUUUUAUCCAGAGAAAGUUAUUGGGUUACACCUUGUUUACUGUUGUAAAGUUCUUGUGUCAUUUGUUAUGGUAUCAUAGAUUAAGAUUCUAUCUUUGCUAUGCUAUCUUAAAGAAUAAAGAUUGAUAUUUUUAUUGUUGAAAGUUGA